ACCACUCAAAUUAAAUCAGCUGUCGAUUUUUCCUUAUGAAUAAUUCUUAUUUAAUAAUUUUACAAGCAAACAAAAUGGAUUUUCAAAAACAGGGCCGUCUUUAAAACGUUAAAUCUGAUUAAAGCCAGCAAAGUGGUGUUAGUAUUAGGCAGUGGUCUGUGCCGAUGGGGUGUCGGGAGUGAGAGACGGGACAGCGGUGGCAGCGGGCGCGGCUCGGAGCCCCAGGCAUGCGGCGGCAUGGCCGGCGAGGCUGCGGGCACGUCGCGCGGCCUCCGCGUCUACAAGAUCGUCGUGCUCGGAGACGGUGGCGUCGGCAAGUCGGCGGUAACGCUGCAGUUCGUCAGCCACAGUUUCCUCGACUACCAUGACCCAACUAUCGAGGACUCAUACCAACAACAGGCUGUCAUUGAUGGAGAACCUGCAUUGUUAGACAUCUUAGAUACAGCUGGUCAGGUGGAGUUCACAGCAAUGCGGGAGCAAUACAUGCGUUGUGGUGAGGGCUUUGUGCUGUGCUACUCAGUGACUGAUCGGCGAUCAUUCCGCGCUGCAUCAGAGUACAGGAGGCUGUUGGCACAAGCUCGACCCUCGGAGAGAUUGCCCCUAGUCCUUGUUGGCAACAAACUGGAUUUGGCACCAAGGUUUAGACAAGUGACAACAGAAGAAGGCAAUGCUUUGGCCACUCAACUCGGUUGUCCAUUCUUCGAGACGUCGGCCGCCUUGCGUCACUUUGUCGAUGACGCGUUCCACGCUCUGGUGAGAGAAAUACGACGUCUGGAAAGACAGAGACAGUCAUCACUAAUGGGUACUGGGAUAUCGACGAGCGGUGGAAGGCGACGGUGGCGGCGACUGCGCAGUAUCUUCGCGCUCGUGUUCCGGCGCCGCAGACGUCAUCAUACAUAAAUACGUCACCAUUGCCCACUGUGACGUCAGAGUAUGACCAACCAGUUUGAAGUGGCCGAAAUUCAUACCAUAGCCGUUAUUCCAGCGAUCGAUAUUAUCUCAGCCAAUCAGCAGGCUGUAUUUUCGAUAGUGGCGCCGCCACUGCACCGAUUGGUAAGUAACUAUGACGUCACGCACAACAUACGUCACGAGUAGCUUACGUCACUUUGAUA